GUGUACACAAGUGUAUACAUCUCCACAGCUAAGUUGCUCUUUUUCACUGUGUUGAUCCAGUGAAUGCCACUGAAUGCCUUGCAGACACCUCCCUCUGUGACCAUGAAAUUCCAGGCGUCCACAUUGCUGAUGGCCUUGUUUGGUGUCCUGAGCUGCAUACGGGCCGAAUUCUUUACCUCUAUUGGGCACAUGACUGACCUGAUUUAUGCAGAGAAAGACUUGGUGCAGUCUCUCAAGGAGUAUAUCCUCGUGGAGGAAGCCAAGCUCUUCAAGAUUAAGAGCUGGGCUGACAGAAUGGAAGCCCUGACUAGCAAGUCGGCUGCUGAUCCUGAGGGCUACCUGGCCCACCCUGUGAAUGCCUACAAGCUGGUGAAGCGGCUGAACACAGACUGGCCUGCACUAGAGGACCUUGUCCUGCAGGACUCAGCUGCAGGUUUUAUUGCCAACCUCUCAGUGCAGCGGCAGUUCUUCCCCACUGAUGAAGAUGAGAUGGGAGCUGCUAAGGCCCUGAUGAGACUUCAGGACACAUACAAGCUGGACCCAGACACAAUUUCCAGAGGGGAUCUUCCAGGAACCAAGUACCAGGCAAUGCUGAGUGUGGAUGACUGCUUUGGAAUGGGCCGCUCGGCCUAUAAUGAAGGGGACUAUUAUCAUACGGUGCUGUGGAUGGAGCAGGUGCUAAAGCAGCUGGAUGCUGGGGAAGAGGCUACUACACCCAAGUCCCAGGUGCUGGACUACCUCAGCUAUGCUGUCUUCCAGUUGGGUGACCUGCACCGUGCCCUGGAGCUCACACGCCGCCUGCUUUCCCUUGACCCAAGCCAUGAACGAGCUGGAGGGAAUCUGCGGUACUUUGAGCAGUUGCUGGAGGAAGAAAGAGAAAAAAUGUUAUCAAAUCAGACAGAAGCUGAACUAGCAUCCCAAGAAGGCGUCUACGAGCGGCCUGUGGACUACCUGCCCGAGAGGGAUGUGUACGAGAGCCUCUGUCGUGGGGAGGGUAUCAAACUGACACCCCAGAAGCAGAAGAGGCUUUUCUGUAGGUACCACCAUGGCAACAGGGCGCCACAGCUGCUCAUUGCUCCCUUCAAAGAGGAGGACGAGUGGGACAGCCCUCACAUCGUCAGGUACUACGAUGUCAUGUCUGAUGAGGAAAUCGAGAGGAUCAAGGAGAUUGCAAAACCCAAACUUGCACGAGCUACUGUUCGUGAUCCCAAGACAGGCGUCCUCACUGUUGCCAGCUACAGGGUUUCCAAAAGCUCCUGGUUGGAGGAGGAUGAUGACCCUGUUGUGGCCCGAGUAAAUCGUCGGAUGCAGCACAUCACAGGGUUAACAGUAAAGACUGCAGAAUUAUUGCAGGUUGCUAAUUAUGGAAUGGGAGGACAGUAUGAGCCGCACUUCGAUUUCUCUAGGCGACCUUUUGACAGCGGCCUCAAAACAGAGGGGAAUAGGUUAGCGACGUUUCUUAACUACAACGGUGAGCGAGAUGUUUUCAAGCAUUUAGGGACUGGAAAUCGUGUGGCUACAUUCUUAAACUAUAUGAGCGAUGUAGAAGCUGGAGGUGCCACUGUCUUCCCUGAUCUGGGGGCUGCAAUUUUGCCUAAGAAGGGCACAGCUGUAUUCUGGUACAACCUCCUACGGAGUGGGGAAGGUGACUACCGGACGAGACAUGCUGCCUGUCCUGUGCUUGUGGGCUGCAAGUGGGUCUCCAAUAAGUGGUUCCAUGAACGAGGACAGGAAUUCUUGAGGCCUUGUGGAUCAACGGAAGUUGACUGAUGUCCUUUUCUGCCCCUCCCCUUCCUGGUCCCACAGCCCAUGUCACCUUCAAGUUCAGCAUGACAGACUCCUUUGAAUGUUCCAGCUCCUAUCAGGUCUUUGGAGGAGUGAAUGUGUAGAGCGGAGGGAGAGUGUACUGGGGCAGGUCCUGUGUGACCUGGGUCCUAGUCUCUCUGGCCCCAAGGGUAGGUUCAGAGUGGCUGUAGCAGUUGGGCUGUCUAACGUGAAGCAAGAUGCCUUUGUACCUCAGAUGUUUUAGGUGUGAGAUAUUUCAAUGAACCAAAGUUUUGAUGCCUUGUUUACAUGUUUGUUUUAUGGCAUUUCUAUCAAUUGUGGCUCUAACCAAAAAAUAAAAUGUCCCUGCCAGAAGCCUUAAAGAGACUUAUUUGGAGUAUUUUUUAAGAAUGGGGAGCUUUCACCAAGUUUGCCAUUUCCUUUGCAUUGCUUCUGUGCAGGCAGAGUCUAGGUGGUGAAUGUUUCAGUGACAAAACCCUGGCCUUGGGUUCUAGACCUGGUUUUAACACUUGUGUCUUCUCCAAGCUUUGGUGUCCUUUUCUGGAAUGUGUGGGGUAAAUACAGAGAACAUGGAGAGCAUGUAUGUUGAUGAUUGUGAUGCUGUUAUAAUUUGAAAUUUAUUUUAAUAUUUUGAGAUACACAGAAUUGUUCAUGAUAAAUAGAUGUAUACUUUAAAGAAUAUGAAGGUGAGCGGGAGCACCUGUUUUACCACCUCCCAGGUUAGAGAAAAGAACAUUUGACUAGACAAUUGAUCACCAUAGUCUAGCCAAGUUGAUACACAAAAUUAACUGUCACAUGCCCUUUCUUUUCCCAACUUGUUUGAACAUUGUUUUAGUAUCCAUGAUAAAUUGCUUCUAAAAGUUGAAAACCCCAGUGCUAUGUUUCUUAAUUUAGUUGAACUUAUAGUCAUUAUGUCAAUGUAGCUGAUCAUAAAAAAGAAAUCUUUGUCUUAUUUGUCUAAUAAAAUUUGAAACAAGUU